UAAACUCCUAGUACUGAAGAAAACACCAACAAUUAAUCACUUAUUUAUUAGUAAUCCAAAACACAUUCCUUUAAACAAUUUUCCUUUCUCUAUUUUGUAAAACCAAUUAAAGCUUAAGCUGAUUACAAACACCAACUAGUAGCAAAACCAAGCUCACCUAAGAGCCUGAAGAUGAUGAAUCGAAAUUGCAGAGCCACACUUCGCUUUCUCAAACGCUCCCAUCACCAACACAACCCAUCUCUUCUCCCUUCUGCAACAACACCCUCUUCACAAUUCACCUCAGUCACAGGUUUUGAUGAAAAUUUCACACAAUUACAGCCCAAUAUUGUAGAGCAUAAAGAUUUAUCCUUUUUCAACCCACUGAGAAAUUUCUUGAAAAAUAAGCAAUUGGGUAUUGGAAUUCAGCAUAGAUGUUAUGGUUCAAUGGGUGGGGUGGUUCAAAGAAGCCCCAGAUUCUCAGAAUUGAAUGAUGAUGAUGUUAGAUACUUUGAGGAGAUUUUGGGUAACAAAAAUGUGAUACAAGAUGAAGAUAAGCUUAGUGCUGCUAACAUUGAUUGGAUGCAUAAAUAUAAAGGUGCAAGUAAGCUUAUUCUUCAGCCAUGCAACACUGAUCAGGUUUCUCAGAUUCUUAAAUACUGUAACUCCAGAUGCCUGGCUGUUGUUCCUCAAGGUGGAAACACUGGUCUUGUAGGUGGAAGUGUACCUGUCUUUGAUGAAGUGAUUGUUAGUCUUAGUUCAAUGAAUAAUAUCAUAUCUUUUGACAAGGUUAGUGGAAUAUUGGUAUGUGAAGCUGGGUGCAUAUUGGAAAAUAUAAUGUCAUACCUGGACAAUGAAGGAUUUAUUAUGCCACUAGACUUAGGUGCUAAAGGGAGUUGCCAGAUUGGUGGAAAUGUUUCAACUAAUGCCGGUGGUUUGCGUCUUGUUCGUUAUGGAUCUCUUCAUGGAAGUGUACUUGGUGUUGAAGCUGUUCUAGCAAAUGGCACUGUCCUUGACAUGCUUAAGACAUUGCGCAAAGAUAAUACUGGCUACGGUUUGAAACAUCUAUUUAUAGGAAGUGAAGGUUCCUUGGGAAUUGUAACCAAGGUUUCAAUACUUACCCCACCAAAGUUAUCUUCAGUUAAUGUGGCUUUUCUCGCUUGCAAAGAUUAUAGCUGCUGCCAGAAACUGCUACAGGAAGCAAAAAGGAAACUUGGGGAGAUUUUAUCUGCAUUUGAAUUUUUGGACAGCCAGUCAAUGAAUUUGGUUACAAAUCACCUGGAAGGUGCUCGGAAUCCAUUUCCUACGUCACUGCAUAACUUUUAUGUUUUGAUCGAGACAACCGGAAGUGAUGAAUCUUCGGACAAACAAAAGCUUGAAGCAUUUCUACUUGGCUCCAUGGAAAAUGAAUUGGUAUCUGAUGGUGUUCUUGCACAAGACAUAAGCCAAGCAUCAACUUUUUGGCGUCUACGUGAGGGUAUAUCAGAGGCACUGAUGAAAGCAGGAGCUGUUUACAAGUAUGAUUUAUCCAUACCUGUUGAAAAUCUGUACAAUGUUGUUGAAGAAAUGCGCUCUAGACUAGGUGAUGCAGCUAAUGUAAUUGGAUAUGGUCACCUUGGAGAUAGUAAUUUGCAUUUAAACGUUUCUGUUCCUCAGUAUGACGACAAGAUUUUAUCACAAAUUGAGCCUUUUGUAUAUGAAUGGACGUCUAAGCACCGUGGAAGUAUUAGCGCGGAGCAUGGUGUGGGACUAAUGAAAGCUAACGAGAUUUUCUAUAGUCAGUCGCGCGAAACUGUGCAAAUGAUGACUUCAAUCAAGAAUUUGAUGGAUCCCAACCACAUACUCAACCCAUAUAAAGUUCUUCCUCACUCUAUCACUUCAUAAUCUUGAUCCGGAAAUAUACCUUAGGAGUGAUUGAUGGCAAUAAUUUAUUAUCAGAAUAAAAUAAAAAUCCUUGCUGAUACAUUAUUGUAAUCUUACUACUCGCAUCAUUUUCGGAAGAAGUGGUCCAUGGUAGAUCAGUAUUUUAUUUUUAUUUUUUGUUUAUAAUGGAGCUGAGGAUCGAACUCAAUACAUUUAGCAUAUUAGUUAAAUCUCUCACCACUAGACCAAAUCUAGUGGCUUGGU